AUGUCGGGAGGUAAAAAGGGUAAACAUAAUGUAAGGAGGUAUAAUUUAUUGACAUUUAGUGAAGAUGAGGCAAGUAUAGUAUCAGAUAUAAGUGUACCAUGUGAGACUAUACAGGAGGAUAAGAAAGUUAAGAUCAUGGAUAAUAAAUCAGGGAAGACACGUCAAGUGAAGGUCAGUGGAAAGGGAGGUCUAGAGAAGGUAGAAGAUGACAAUGACUCUGUCAGUGAUAUGUCUAGUGAUACACAUACAAAGACAACUAGGAAACAGAGGCAAAGUAAAGAUAAAGUAACUGUGACAGACAUGGAAAGUAAUAGAAAUGCCAAUGACAGAAGGAAAGAUUAUAGUGAGAGAAAAAACUCCUCGCUUUGUGAAAAAAUUCUUGCAGAAAAAAAUAAAAGAUUAGCCAGUGAUAAAAUGAAGUCAGAGAAAAAUGAUGUUGAAGAAAAUAUUGAACCUGAUAGUAAUGUCAGUAAUGAUGAUGAUAGUACACUAACACGGCAAACACAAAAUAAAUCAAAACGUAAUGUCCGCAAAGUUUCAAAUGAUGGUGUAUCAGGAGAGGAUAAUGUCAUUGAGGAUAUAAGUGACAGUAAUGUAGAAGAAGUUAAUGAUACUGAACAGACACAGCAAAAUCUGUCCAACCUUGAAAAUGGGCCAAUACCACUGGAGAAGCAAGUAAAGUUUUGUCAAGAGAGGGUUGCCCAUAUAGAAAAGAAUUAUGGUGCUUUUUGUGAGACACUUGGAUCUAUCACACGUAAAAUGGCAAGAAUGAGAGACAAAGGUGAUUUACUAGCGAAACAAGUGGUAGAGUAUGCAGACAAAGAGAAAGUGAGUGUUUCAACAACAAAGAAUCUCAAAGACUUUGCACACAAUUUAGCAGCAAUACAGGACUAUAGGGAUGCUGAGGUAUACAUGUAAAUGCUACUUGUCUCUUGCCUUUAUUA